GUAUAUAACCCGGCAGCUGUGAGAAAGACGACACUUCUCAACCUCACGCAUUCAUGGAAGAAACAAAGAAACCGUCAGUGGAAGAGUUGGGUGAGCUCUCGGGGAAACAGUCGGAGGAAAUCACGCUAAAAUGGUCUAUACACAAGCUCUGGUGUUCGGCAUGUCCGUCAGGAGUGAGCCGGAAAACCUAACGCUGGCGGAGGACCUGAGUCUCAUCCCGGGGCUCAGAGGAGACGGAGAGCCGCUCCAGCACUGCGGCAGACUCAUGAAGGCACAAAGCUCCUCCAGUCUGGGAUCUGCCUGCAGUUUGGAAGAGGAAGAAGGUGAAGAUGUGUGUCUUCAGCUCGACCUGUCCAAACGCAUCGAGAAGUGCCUCUAUGAGGCCAAAGGAGCGAGUCUGCGCUGCCAGGAGCUGCGUUUGCCCAGACGCAUGACCACACGGCUGGCCGGAGACAUCCUGCGAUUAUCCGUGGAUGAGCCAUGCGGGAUACGAGGAGCUCUGAUCCACAUGUUCAUGGAGAACAAGGGCACACUGCUGAAUCUGGGCACAGUUAUUCCUGAUCAGAGUCUCACGCCAACAUUUGAAGUCUCUGUGGUCCUGCAGCCAGAUUUGGGAGGAUGGCCUCCACUGAAGAUCCUGUUUGGUGGAGGGAAGGUGUUGAGCAUUCGAAGGGAAUACCGAAUAAUCAAACGCAAGCUCUACUCAUCCGCUACUCCCACUGUAUUGGAGUUUUAUUAACACUGUGGUAUUAAUAGGAAAAAAAAUGAGUCUAUGGUUGAGGUUUCAGAGGAAGACGAGCUCAUUUUGCACAUUGUUAAUCACAUCGAGGUUAAGUUGGUUUUAUAGUCGCACUUCCGUUCAUUUUAACAAUCCCUAUAUUGGUUACCACACUACUUUGAACAUUCGGAAAAUCACAUGCAAGUAUGACUUCAAAACAACAUUAUGACCAUUUCACUGGCUGUCAACAAUGUUGUACUUUGAUAGUCAUUGGCUGCUAAUAUAGUUUCCAUAAUUGGAAUUUUGCUUUUCUGAAAUAAUAUUAAGGAGAACGUCUGAAUGUGCGAAUAUAAAACCAGCUUCACCCCAAUGAUAUUCACUGUUACAUUCAGAAUGUACUGAGUAAUGUUUAAACACUUCAGUUCAAUGAAAGUUGCUAUAAUGCAGCCAACAUUUCUAACACACAACAAGCGGGUAUGUUGUUGUUGUUGUUGUUACUGUAUUUUAUAAUGCUUCGUUAAUAUACAUACGAAUAAUCAAUAGCGUAAAACCAGAUGCAUAUACGCACUAAUGUUCAAAAGCUGGGUUCUGUAGGAUUUUUGAAAGAUAGUUUUAAACGCAGCAAUGCUGUAUUAUUAGUUAUUUGUACAGUAUUACUACCUUUUUUUUGCUUUUAAAACGCUAUUUUUUUUUUUUUUAGCAGGCAUUGUUAUCCCACAAACAGAAAUAGUAAUAUUUGUGUUCCUAUUAUAAUAUAAUAAUUAGUGAAAUUAACACCAUUUAGUUUAGUUAGAUUUUGUUUUUAGCAAAUAUUUUCUUUUUAUUAUUUUUCCAAAAUGUUACUGACCCAAAUCUUUCGAACAAAUAUGCAAUAACAUGGGUCUCAAACGAGAUUCCUGAAGGGCCGCAGCUCUGCACAGUUUUGCUCCAGAUCUAAUGAAACACAGCUGAUCCGACUAAUCAAGGUGUUCAAGACUCUUUUGAACGCCCUGAUUAUUUGGAUCAGCUGUGUUCGAUUAGGGCUGGAGCAAAACUGUGCAGAGCUGCGGCCCUCCAGGAAUCCCAUUUGAGACCUACGUUGUAAAGUUCACAGCACCAUCAUAUUUAAAGUUCUGUAACAAACACUACUUUGUCACUAGUUGUUGUUGUUCGGUGUGUUUUUCUGUGUGUGUGUGUGUGUGUGUGGUAAGAUCCGAGUGAUGGGUGUGUUUGCGACUACAGAAUGUUCAGUUUUGAAUCUGCACUAUUGUUUACUGAUGUUCAGGGAUUUAGGAGGGUUUGGGUUUGAACGUGACUCACUCCACUCUUGUAUGUUGACGUCAUUUAAUGCUUGAUGUUUUCACGUGAAUGGGACAAGCUGGCAUUGUCUCACAGUGAAGCAUUUGUAACGGUAUUUGUAUUUGGAAACUGCUGAAAUGUGAAUAAAUUAUUUUUAAAAUAA